AUGAUUGACCCUCGGUUUAUCGACUUGCCGACUCCCACGUCUUGGCCCACGACCUCCUCGGUAGGACCCGUCCCCACGGUGAUCCCGGGGGCUCCGGUCUUCCAGGAGCUCCAUGGCGUGGGCAAGCGAACUCUCUGGGUGGUCACGGUCCUGAUGGGACUUUCGUCGCUGGUCUUCUACAUUCUAGGGUCGCGAUCGCCACUGCCUAAGCGGGUCUUCCACACGCUGACAUCGCUGAUCACGACGAUCUCGUUCGUGGUGUACCUCGCCCUCGCCACGGGCCAGGGCAUUGCCUGGAAACACGCUCACAUCGACCAGCCGCACCGCCAUGUCCCGGACACCGCGCAGGAAUACUUCCGCCAGGUGCUGUGGCUGCGCUACGUCAACUGGGCGCUGACCACGCCACUGCUCCUAGUUAACUUGUCGCUGCUGUCCGGGCUGCCGGGCGCCAACCUGGUCAUCGCCAUCGCGGCCGAUCUGGUCAUGCUGGCGGCGGGGGUCCUCGGCUCGUUCGCGGGCCAGACUCCGCAGCGCUGGGUCUGGCUGGUUAUCAGCUGUAUCUCGUACCUGACUAUCAUCCACCACGCGGGCUUCCAUGCGCAGCGUGCUGCGGGCAACAAAGAUGCCCAGACGCGUCGGUUCUACUCGUCUCUGUCGGGGUCGGCGCUGGUGGUCCUGGCAUUGUUCCCAAUUUCCCUUGCGGCCGGAGCCCUUUCGCUCAAGCUCAGCAUUGACGUCGAGACGGUUCUCUUUGCCGUUAUGGAUAUCUUUAUGCAGGGCCUCGUGGGGUACUGGCUCCUGCUGGCCCAUGAUAGCUCGCCGGGGAUCACCCUCUACAUCGAUGGCUUCUGGUCCCAGGGCGUCGGUAACGAGGGCGCCAUCCGCAUCACGGACGAAGAGGGCGCGUAA